AUGAGAAUAAUUUUGAAUACCUUGGAAUACUAUGAGGCCCACCCAGAAAAACAAUUGGCACUGAUGUUCCUCGAUGUGCAGAAGGCCUUUGAUAAUGAGCAGCUGUGCAACUGCAGCUGGCAGGAGGUGCAGGCCCGGCUGAUCUCGCUGCAGCGGGAACAGCAGCUCUGCGUCCACCGGCGGGAGCUGACCGAGCUGGACAUCCACCACCGGAUCCUGCGCUUCAAGAACUACCUGGUGGCCAUGGUCAACAAGUCCCUGCUCCCCGUCCGCUUCCAGCUGCCCCUGCUGGGCCGGGGAGUCUUCCUGACUCAGGGGCUCAAGUACAACCUGGAGCUGCUGCUCUUCUGGGGGCCGGGCUCCCUCUUCCAGGGCAAGUGGAACCUCCAGCCACAGUACAAGCGCGCCGGGGCCCGGCUGGAGCUGGCCCGCCGGCUGGAGCGCAGCAUGCUGGUCCUGGGCGUGGCCAACCUGUUGCUGUGUCCCUUCAUCCUGGUCUGGCAGGGCCUCUACGCCUUCUUCAGCUACACCGAGGCGCUGAAGCGGGAGCCCGGGAGCCUGGGCGCCCGGCGUUGGUCGCUCUACGGCCGGCUCUACCUGCGGCACUUCAACGAGCUGGACCACGAGCUGCAGGCCAGGCUGAGCCGCGGCUACAAGCCGGCCUCCAAGUACAUGAACUCCUUCGCCAACCCGUUGCUGGCCGUGGUGGCCCGGAACGUCGGCUUCUUCGCGGGCUCCCUGCUGGCCGUCUUGAUCGCCCUGACCGUCUACGACGAGGACGUGCUGACCGUCCAGCACAUCCUGACCGCCAUCACGCUGCUGGGACUGGUGGUCACGCUGGCCAGGAUCCAGGCCAAUAGUGGCAUCAUUUUCCUGCUGGUCAUGGCUGCCACUUUCUGGCUCUACCGUUUGGUGAAAGUCCUUUGCAGCCUGUUGGGCUACUGGGAGAUCCGCUCCUUUUACACCAAGGCCCUCAAGAUCCCCUCGGCGUCCGUCUACCAGCAGGCCGAGAACGGCAAGACGGAGCUCUCGCUGGUCCACUUUGCCAUCGCCAACCCGCACUGGCAGCCGCCUCCCGAAAGCUCCCUCUUCAUCGGGCACCUGAAGGAGAAGGUGCAGCAAGACGCCUCCCACGCCCAGCGCCUCCUGGCCGAGGGGCCCUUGGCGACCUCCCUGCUCUCUGACGAGGGUCCAGGCCCCGUGUCGGAUGCCCUCCUGGCCAGCGUCCUGACCCACCCGGUCCUCACUGAGCGUCGGCUGGUUGCUCAGCCCGGCAGCACGGCCAGCGUGACGGCGAGCAUCCUGGCCUCCCUCUCUUCUUCCCUGCCACCCCGGCACAGGAGCCGUCCCGGGGAGGCUUCGCUCUCACACAGCCAGAGCCCCCUCUUGGAGAACAGCGCUGCCCCACGCCCAGCUCCCCUCAGCCGCUCGGUUCUGCUCUCUGAGUUGGCAUUGGCCGAGAUGAGUCUACACGCCCUCUACAUGCACGAGCUUCACCAGCAACAAACAGCCGCCCGCCUCACGCUGCAGCCUUCGGCACAAACAGCAUCCCCUCGCCGUCUCUUCGAUUCGCGCAGCCAGGACCGCUCACUGGAAGUUUGGGAAGAGGAGUCAGACGAGACGCAGCAGCCGCAGCAGCCGGAGAAGAGCUAGCAGGAAACGCCACUCGCUCCGUCCCUCCCUCCUUCCUUCCUCUACGUUUCUGGAGGGUUGGCACUGCCAUGGACAGCUUGCCCGGAGGGCCCUCCUGCAAGCAGAACGUGCUUGGAAGUGGCGUCUCCGGCU